UGCCCUUCAAUCUUACGAUUAUGCAAUACACAAUACAAUGCAUGUCCUUUUUAUCGCUAUCUCGCUGAUGAGUGAUGAUGAUGUUCGUCUGGUUAUCAACAUCAAGUCAGUUUUGCAAAUGCAUAUGCAAUGGAAUGUUCGUGCGAAUCUGUGCACUUCUGUAAUGUGAUUGUGAAUGUGGAUAGCUCAUUAAAUUAAAAAGUUCACUUGUUUUAGAAGAAUUUGAAUUAGCAUAAGUAUUACGAACCUUCUCAUUCUCAAUUACAUUGGAGAAUCAGUGCCUAAUCUUACGUGUUUCUAAUUGCAGGAAGUAUUCAUAUCCAUCCAUACCAAUGAAUAAAAUUCCAAUUGAUUUAAUGUUCCAUAUUACGGAGUCAUAGUUACCUGUAACUUCUAGCUCGAGUAUUCAAUUCAAGUGUCUUUCAAUUUACCUUUCUCUGCUGCUUGCUAGUAUCAAUAACAAUGAGCGACUUAGCGAUUGGAAUCGACUUGGGUACUACGUACUCAUGCGUUGGUGUUUUCCGGCAUGGAAAAGUUGAAAUUAUUGCGAACGAUCAAGGUAACAGAACCACGCCGAGUUAUGUCGCUUUUACAGAUAUCGAAAUCUUGGUCGGAGAGCCAGCCAAAAAACAGUCUACCAGAAACCUACGUAAUACAGUUUUCGAUGUCAAAAGACUUAUGGGUCGUAAAUUCAAUGAUGAUAAAGUUCAGGCCGACAUGAAGCACUGGCCCUUCCAGCUCAUUAAUGAUAACAACAGUCCGAAAAUCGAAGUUGAAUUCCAAGGCAUUUCAAAAAAGUACUUCCCCGAAGAAAUAUCUUCGAUGGUGUUACGAAAAAUGAAAGAGACAGCUGAAACAUAUCUAGGUAAAACAGUCAAGAGUGCUGUAAUUACAGUACCCGCUUACUUCAACGAUGCUCAAAGAGCAGCAACGGUAGAUGCUGCUAAAAUUGCCGGAUUAAACGUAUUACGUAUCAUUAACGAACCUACUGCUGCCGCCAUUGCUUACGGUCUAGAAGAAAGAAAUUCCGACGUGCAAAACAUCUUGAUUUUCGAUCUCGGAGGUGGAACUUUUGAUGUCUCCCUUUUAUCUAUUCGGAAUGGCGUUUUUGAAGUAAUUUCAACUGCCGGUGACACACACUUGGGUGGAGAAGAUUUUGAUAAUAAAAUGGUGAACUAUUUUGUUGAAGAAAUCAAACGAAAAUACAAUAAAGAUCUCUCGGAAAACAAUAGAGCCAAGCACCGUCUCAGAGCUGCUUGCGAAGGAGCGAAGAGAACUUUAUCAUCAGCCACUGUUGCCACUAUCGAAAUUGAGUCUCUUUACGAUGCUGUCGAUUUCUACAGUUCAAUUUCUCGUGCCCGUUUUGAAGAAUUAAACUCAGACUUCUUCAAAAAAGCAAUGGAAUUGGUUGAAAAAGCCAUCCGAGAUGCUGCUAUUAAGAAAACUCAAAUUCAUCACGUCGUUUUGGUGGGAGGCUCGUCACGCAUUCCCAAAGUACAGAAAAUGCUACGAGAUUUCUUCGACGGAAAAGAACUGAGCCAAUCAAUUAAUCCUGACGAGGCUGUAGCGUAUGGAGCUGCUGUACAAGCUGCCAUACUAAAUGGUGUCAUAUCGAAGGAAGUGCUGGGAAUAGUACUGAUGGAUGUUACUCCAUUAUCGUUGGGAAUUCUGAUUAAUAAUAAGUGUGGAGUUGAUCCUUUAAUGGAUGUCAUUAUCAAACGUAACACCUCAAUUCCAGCCAGACAAACGGCAACUUUUUGUCCGGUUGAUGAUUAUCAAACCAGUCAAUGGUUUACAGUAUUGGAAGGCGAGUAUUUUUUUGGGAAGGAUAAUUAUUUGCUUGGUGAAUUUAGACUUUCUGGAAUCCCUUCUAAACCCGCUAAAGAAGCUAAAAUUGAUGUAACCUUCGAAAUCGAUGCUAACGGUAUAUUGAACGUAACUGCCGUCGAAAGAUCUACCGGUGUAUCAAACCAACUGACCGUCACCUACGAUAAAGGUCGUCUCAGUAAAGAUGAAAUUGAGCGUAUGAUCGAGGAUGCUGAAAAAUUGCGAUCCGAAGAAGAAAGCCGAAAAGCUGCAUUAGUCGCCAAGGAUGCUUUAGAAACGUACUGUGUUAACGUGAGGAGUACAAUACAAGAUGAAAAAUUGAGAAGUAAAAUUAAUCUAAAUGAUAAAGACGUGAUUUUGAAAAAAUGCGAAGAAACCAUCGCCUGGUUGAAUUCUAACAUAACAGCUGGAAAAGAGCAGUACGAACGUAAGCAAAAAGAAUUACACAAAAUAUUCGAUGUAAUUAUCUCGAUAGCUCGCUGUCCUACUAAAGAAAACGACAAAUAUCGUGAAAUGUUGAAAGUGUCGAUAGAUGCCUCCGAAGAUGAAAUCAAGAAUGCCUACAGGGAUAUAGCGUCCAAAUAUCAUCCCGACCUGUACAAAGGAGACCGGGAAAUAGGAAAUAUGUAUUGGCUGACUUUAAUGAAAGCGAAAACUACUCUCAUCAAACUAGUGAAAGCAAUUCGAGGUAAUAACACCACCGCGUGAAUGUAUUCGAUAAAUUCAAGUAUAGAUACUUCAACAUUUUUGCGAUUUUUACUUCGUCUUCUACACUUUGAGAUUUUAAAUGUUUUCCAAUGAUUUUAUCCAAGGCGCAGAGUUUGAUUUUAUUGCUGACGAUCGGUUUAUAGGCGAUUAAAUCAACGGUGUCUGUAAUAAUUAGUUUGAGUACAACUUUUUUUAAAAUGUGUUUUAUCGAGGUAUCUAGGUACUUGAUAUUUUUAUUUUGUGUUAUUUUGUAUUUUUGUAUGCUGUUUUUUUCUGAAGAUGCGUAGAUAUAGUAGUCAUUAUGAAUGAAAAAUUACUUGCCAAUGUGUAAUGUGAAUAUAAGUAGGUACUAUGUUCAAUACCAGUACCUUUCAUGCUUAUUGUUUGGGAAUUGUUUUACAUUAGUUUACAGGGGUAUCAUUAUCAUGAAAUGCAUUUUUUUCUCUUAUUAAGUAGAUAUGCUGUAAUCCAAAAUCGUCUUUUUCUAUAUUGGUUGAUGAAGAGCAGAAUAAGAAAGAAGGAUGCUGAA